AUGCCACCCGAACCCCCGUCCGAGUUCCCCUCUCCUCACACCCUUCGAUCUCAAAUCGCCUUCAUCACCACCUUCCUUAACUUCGCCCGCCCCACCAACGACAAGCCAUACAACAAGAAGUUUGGCAGGAAAGCCGGCGGAUGGCAUGGUGCCUCCUUCAUUCUGGCCACCGGACAUGAGAAAACCGAUCGGGUGGGGGCCAAGGUCGUUGCUGUGACUGGCCGUAGAACCCGUGAAGAGAUCAGUGCGCUUCUCUACCGCAAUGUCCCCCAGCACCCAGACGCCUCUCGUACCUCUCUCAGUCCGUUUUCUUCUCGCCGUUCGCGUGACGGCCUUGAAGUCAUGCGUCGGAUUAUGAGCGGAACGCAAAAGGAUUUCGCUGUCAAGUUCGAGGACCACAUCCAGGACGUUGUGAACGUGGCCGAGUUCUUCGUCAAGCUCUCUCCCGAUGCUGUUAAGCCAAUAUACCGCACGUAUCUCUUGGCCUUCAUUGCCCACCGCUGCUGCGUCAAGCUAGCCUCCCGCAUCGAAACCGGCGAGCGUAUGUGGCACCUCCGACAGCAUCCGACAGCUUCCAUCCUCAGUAAGCUUACCGAUCCCGACACUGAGUUGCACAUCCCGCCUGGCACGGUGGUUCCCAUGCCACGCACUUUGCAGCAGGCACUCGCAAAGGUAGAAUGGUUCCCUCUCACGCAGCCGUCGCGGAGGCUACGACUUUCCGUCGACACCAUGGACAGCGUUCUGAAGGAAGUCAAGAAGCAAACGCCACACCAAACUGUUUCUCGAUAUGCAAAAAUCAUGCGGCGGCUGAAGUUUCUCGUGAGGAGUGGUGUCCUCAAGCAUAUCGUCGCAGGCAGCACCAAGGAUGACUUGGAAAAGGCGCGCACUGGCGUGAAGGUUCUGACCUGGAGAGUACCCAUCAUCCGCGAGGUCGCAAAGGUGACAAUCGGACAUCCGGACAGGGUGUGUUCUCGUUCCAUUGAUUUACUCGACGAAUUCCUUAUGACCGUCCCAGACGACGAUGCUCUUGCCUCAGGAGUCGAGCCGUCACGGCUCAAGGAAGACGAGUCGUUCCUCGAAUGGGAUGAAUAUGCCGCAGAGGUAUCACUCGAUGACGGGGAGAAGGACGACGAUCUCGUCCGAUACCUCAAGACUCUCUACAUCCCCGACGACAUUGCAGACGUGUUCAUGAAGUUGUCGUCACCGACCGACCCUCCACACGUGACGGCUGUACUUGUGGACGCCCUCGCGCCGUUGGAUGACCGAGCGCGCGUGAAGGCUGACAUCGAAGCCGUCUUGAAGAAGAAGAAUUUCAAAGUUGAGUCUAACAGAAUCCAGGAAGCUUUAAACAAAGCAGUUGAAGGCGUCAAGAAGGCAAGUGUACAUGCCGAGUCUGCGCUCAUGGCGCAUGCACUGUCCAUGCAUGAGAACACGAGUUCCGUAACGCCGUCGGAGGGACAGUCGACAGAGGCGUCGAAUCUUGUGACGGAAAUUCUCCAGGACGACGAGAUCGCCAUAGGUGUCAGCAAGAGGAGCUGCUUCUGCUGCGACCUCCUCGCUGAACUCAUUGCGGGGCGUGAAUCCUCGAACCUCAAGUUUGUCCUUCCGGGCACGCAUUCAACUAUAUACCCUUGGUACCCUCCGCCCGGGCUGCCGAUCGACAUCCUGCAGGCUAUCAAGGUCCGCUUGCUCAAGUCGAUGGAAAAGGUGCUGGAGACUGCCAUCGACGUCGAAGCCAGCUCGACCCAACGACACCGUUGCAUUCUGCCGUUGAAGCUCAUUUGUUGGUACGAUGACGAGACAAUUGGGGUGUUUUGA